AGAGUUCAGGCCCCACGACCGACAAAAAACAAACAAACACAACAACAUGCAUCCAGGAGAGAAAUCACAUGAAUGUAUUGAAUGUGGCAAAGUGUUCUCUCGAGUCUCAUCUCUUAAUCUCCAUUUGAAAAGUCAUACAGGGAAGAAGACAUAUAAAUGUACGAUGUGUGAGAAAGCUUUUAGCCAGAAGAGAAACUUUCUUUCUCAUCAGAAACAUCAUAUGGGAGAAAAGCCCUACGACUGUGUUAAAGCUAAUCAAACACCAGCCUUCAUGAGACAACAAAGAAAUCACUCAGGAGGCAAAUCGCAUACAUGUAAGGCCUGUGGCAAAGCUUUCAGUGGCAAAUCUUAUCUCCAUGAGCAUGAAAAAAUACAUACAGGAGAGAAACCUUUCCAGUGUCAUCAGUGUGGCAAAGCCUUCAGUCAGAAGCAGUAUCUCAUUAAACAUCAGAACAUCCACAGUGGAAAGAAACCCUUUCAAUGUAAUGAGUGUGGCAAAGCCUUUAGCCAGAAAGAAAACCUCCUCAUCCACCAGAGAAUUCACACAGGAGAGAAGCCUUAUGAGUGUAAAGGGUGUGGGAAAGCUUUCAUUCAGAAGUCGAGCCUUAUCAGACACCAGAGGAGUCACACUGGAGAGAAACCCUACACAUGUAAGGAGUGUGGCAAAGCCUUCAGUGGCAAAUCAAAUCUCACUGAACACGAGAAAAUUCAUAUCGGAGAGAAACCUUAUAAAUGUAAUGAAUGUGGAACAAUCUUCAGGCAGAAGCAGUACCUCAUUAAACAUCACAAUAUCCACACAGGAGAGAAGCCCUAUGAAUGCAAUAAAUGUGGAAAAGCCUUUUCUCGAAUCACAUCACUCAUUGUGCAUGUGAGGAUUCACACAGGGGACAAACCUUAUGAGUGUAAAAUAUGUGGUAAAGCCUUCUGUCAAAGCUCUUCACUCACUGUGCAUAUGAGAAGCCAUACUGGUGAGAAACCCUAUGGGUGUAAUGAAUGUGGGAAAGCCUUCUCCCAGUUCUCAACACUUGCUUUGCAUAUGAGAAUCCAUACUGGUGAAAAGCCAUAUCAGUGUAGUGAGUGUGGCAAAGCUUUCAGCCAGAAGUCACACCACAUCAGACACCAGCGAAUUCACACUCACUAAAGCUCUGGGAACAUUUUGUAUUUGGGGAAAACGUGCAGUGGAAUUUACACUUGAUAAUGUAUCAGGAAAUCUGUUUUCACAUGAAAGUGACAUUCACCUGGUGACGCUAGCAACUCAAAACUGAAAGACUUAAGAUGUUUAAGGGUAUAAUGAAGGCCUAUAACAUGCCCUUCAGGACUCCCACAACAAAUAUUACUUCAGGAGUAUUUUCGUUCAUGAUUAAGAUCUAGCCAGGUCCUUAUGCCUGUAAUCCUAGCUACUCAAGAGGCUGAGGUCUGAGGAU